AACGGAACCGGACCCAUUUUCGCGAAAAUCGGUGAAGCACUUCCUCCCCGUGGAGAGGGGGUAUGAUCGCGAACUAUAGGGAGUAGGGAUGAGCGCGCCGCGCCAACGAGAUUUGUUUAGCUUUAACUCAACUAUAAGUAAUUUGACCGUUAAACUGUCCGAACUUUUAGUAAGUAGAUAUUCAAAGUAAUAUCGGUAAAAAUCUAAAACGCUCUCAAGAUGAUGACCAGUAACUUAGUCGGUAUCUUCAUUAUAAUUAUAAAUUUAUUAAUACUUAAUACCCAACAAGAAACUACUGCAGAAGUGUCAACAUUUAUAAAAACCCACCAUGGACUUAUCAACAAUACGUGUGUUAGCGUAGUAGAAUCGAUCACAACAAAAUGCCUACAAGAAUACAAGUUCAUUCGAGCAAUGGGAAUAUCCCACUGUAAUCACCGAGAGGAGAUUUACCAAGAUACAAGUAAACAUCAAGAAUACACACUAAUCAUUACGUAUGAUGGAGCGAAGUGUGACAGCAAUAAGAAAGAAAACUUCACGCUCAUAAUAAAGUUCAUCAGAAAUAUGAAACUGAAUACCUCAGAACUUCCAAUGUUAUUGGAUGAAAAAAUUAUUGAAUUAAACGUAAGCAAACAAUGUCGAUUGGAAAUAAACAUAUCAAGCGAUAAAAUAUGCCAAGUUGUGCAUUACGCAGAGUCGCAUAAAUUUUAUAAAAAAUGGGUAGUUACACCAUUAUCUUGGACUACGUGGGCCGUAGUUGCCUUAUUUAUACUUGCUGUUAUCUAUGCAAUAUAUUCAAAAUUGCUUAAAGACAGAAUAAUUGCCGUUUGGAGAGCGAUUGUUGGUGCGGUAAAUAGAAAUCAUUAACAUGAUAAUCAGAACAAGUGAAUUUGGGGAAUAUAUUUGUAAAAACGGCAUUUGUAAGUUGCGUCUAUUCUAUCAAUAAAUAACCGUCCAUGCAUA